AUGGCUAGCCCAACUCCACCAUUUACAGUCUGUAUCUUGGAGAGGGACUUCCUUGGUACCGCCAAUUCCUCCUCGAAAGAGGACUUUGGCAGCCUUCUGCCGGCGAGCGCUCGCUUCAACGAUGACAUUGUGACUCCGACGUCGGAUCCCAACUUCCUAGAACGGGAAUUAUCUGUUUCGCGACUGACCGACGUCCAAGAAUGGCUCUGGAUAUGCGGACGUCUGAUGCCGCCUCGACAACUUCAUCACCAGAGGCUCAUCUCUCGAAACAUCAUCAUCAGCGAGCAGGCUGAGCUCCACAUGGUUUGGUGGAGGGACCGCAUCUUCCUUAAACCCAUGCCAAAAUACUUACUCGACCCAAACUUCUGGGCUGCCAACAUCAUCCACACAGCACAUCUCGAUGACGCGACGCAGUGCAAUCUUGAUGCUUCUGCUCGAGGAUUUCUCUUCUCGUACACCGCACUAAUCGCGUACAAAAGCGACUUCCGCAUCGCUAAAGAGUAUGGCUUGCUUCCGGAAGAAGUGACUUGGGAAGGCUGGAAGGCUUUUGCCGCUCAGGUUCUUGAGAACCAUCGAUAUGAUCGCGUGAAUCCACGCUAUUGGUACGGGGAGCUUCGAUUGAGCCGACUCAACAAGAUCUACGCAUUUCGAAAAGGUUUCCUGCUGCGCGGUUACUCAAGAGUUGCAUCUCAUACUGUUUAUGGCGAUCUCAUCCGAGACAACUUUUCAGUGUUGGCAGGUAUCCUGGCUUACGUUGUCAUUGCGCUCACAGCAAUGCAAGUAGGACUAGGCGUCGAUGGUUUGCUUGAAGAGCCAGCAUUCCAGAAUGCCAGCUAUUUCUUAACCGUGUUUGCGUUGAUCGUGCCGUUGAUAGGAGCGGUUUUUAUUUUCUUGAUUGUUUUUGUCAUGAUUGUCAGUAACUGGAGGGUCACAAAGGCGUUUGAGGGCAGGCGAUUAAAGAAGAUGAAGGUUCAACUUUUGAGACGAUAG